AUGCUCCUCUCUAAAGGCUUUUGUUAUCUUCUUCCUCUCCAGGCUGCAAUGGCUCUAGCUUCUAUGCAGUCUGAGCUGGAUGUUAAUGCGAAAUGUAGAAAGGCACUUGAGAUUGCUACAUCAGCCGAUGUCUCGAUUCUCGAGGAACUUGAACUCCCGGAGGCUCAGCCUCAGUUGGAUGAGGCUUCGCCAGUGGCCGUUUAUCAAGGAGUCGGUAUCAACGAUGCACUUUCUGUGACAAUAACGGAAUCCUCAAGUGGACAAGAUGCGCUCGAGGACAUCGCUGCACAAAAAAUGGACAUUGGUGCAGCUGGACUGACAGCACCAGUAGUGGAGUGUGUAGCUAGACCCGAAAGCAAUUCCAAGCAUUUGAAUGCCAGUGGAUACUUCCAGUAA